AUGAGCUCCAAUUUAUGGAAGAAUGCUGUGGACUGCUCACAAAACUUACUCUCUCCAGCUGAGCAAGAAGAGUAUGGGAAGUGUAAACCUAAUGACAUCCUGUUGGAUUUUCAAUCAUCUAUGCUUCAACAGGUUCAUUUGAACAAGUUCCAUGUCUUUUGUGAACAUAUAGAUCCUCUCCUAGCUAUUAUUGAGUGCCUUGGAAGAUCUAUGAGUAUUGCGGCAGACAUGCUCUCACCAAUAUGGGUUUCUAUCCGUAUCAUCUUCCAGGUAGGUGAAACUUGGUGUCUGUCAGAAUUCAGAUCGCUCCGGCCACCAUCUAAUGAUACUCAGAUCACGAGAGGCUACAGAGCGUGCUUCAAACAGAUCCUAGCCCUGCUACAACGCAUCGGGCAAUCCUUACCAAGGUUUUUAGUUUACGAACAUCUAUUCCCUAAACAUGAACCAAUUCAAAUCGCCAUACUUUCCAUAUACGUCGAUAUCAUCAACCUUCUUGCGUCGGUCCGGGCUUUUGCUGAAAAAUCGACGUUUCGGCUAGUGUUUUGUGUCUUCUGGAAGCCUUUGGAGCAAAGGUUCGGUGAAUGCGUAUCUCAUAUCAGUGAUCAGAGCGAGCUGGUUGAGCGCGAAGCCAACGUGGCGCAUUUGCAAGAAGAGGCUCGGACAAGGGCCGAAGUGAGGCGUAUACAGGCUAAGGAUUCGCUGGACAAGGCGAAUAGAUGGCUGAACGCUCGACAGUGUCAUGAGGCAAAGGAUUCAAUCUCCGUUGCUCAAGGCACGUGUGAAUGGAUCCUCUCGAGACCAGAAUUUUUCCAGUGGAUCUCAGAUGACAACACUCGAUUACUCUGGAUCAAGGGGCCUCCAGGUUGUGGAAAGUCAACAUUACCGAGAGCGGGUGCAAUUAUCCUCUCUUCUAAGGUCAUGGACUUCUCAGCUGUCCAAAAUCUCAAGGGAAACUGGAGAAUAUUUAAUCGAAAUCUAUUCCAGAAGCGGCAACCAUCAGGCUUCUAA